GAAUGUUAAAAUUCAUCAACUGAUCUCGACAACUUCUGUUUUUGUUGUCUUUUCUCUCUCUUUUUCUAUUGAUCAAAUGGCAACCUUUUCACCAAAAACUACUAUCUUCUAUCUUACAACUCUACUUUUAAUUACUACAGUUCCACAAUCAAAAGCAGCUUUAAACGCAAAUUAUUACAGCCAAACAUGUCCACAAGCUGAGAAAAUCAUUCUACAGACAGUCUAUAACGCCUCCAUAUUCGAUCCCAAAGUUCCAGCUCGACUCCUUAGGAUGUUCUUCCACGACUGUUUCAUUAGGGGAUGUGAUGCGUCUGUAUUACUAGACUCAACAGCAGAGAACCAAGCAGAGAAAGAUGGACCUCCCAAUCUUUCUCUUGCAGCAUUUUAUGUCAUCGAUGAUGCUAAAGCUAAACUUGAAGCUGCAUGUCCUCAAACCGUUUCCUGUGCUGAUGUAGUUGCCAUUGCUGCCAGAGAUGUAGUAACCAUAUCUGGGGGCCCUUACUGGAAUGUCCUAAAGGGAAGAAAAGAUGGAAGAGUUUCGAAAGCUUCAGAAACCGUAAACUUACCAGCUCCAACCUUCAACAUGUCUCAGCUAGUUCAAAGCUUUUCCAACAGAGGUUUAGGAAUUAAAGAUUUGGUUGCUCUGUCUGGGGGACACACUCUCGGCUUUUCGCACUGUUCUUCCUUCGAAUCACGGCUACGUAACUUUAGCGUGUCCCAUGAUAUUGAUCCUAGUUUGAGCGUUGAAUUCGCUCAACAGCUCAGGCAGAAAUGUCCAAAGCCAAACAAUGACAUAACCGCAGGACAGUUUUUGGACUCAACUUCGUCCAGCUUCGACAACGAUUAUUACAAGAGAUUGAUCCAAGGCAAAGCUGUGUUUGGUUCGGACCAAGCUUUGGGUGGUGAUCUGAGGACUAAGUCGAUUGUUGAAUCGUUUGCCAGUGACCAAAGUUUGUUCUUUAGAGAGUUCGCGGCUUCCAUGGUCAAACUUGGAAAUGUUGGGGUCAUUGAAAACGGAGAAGUUAGAGUGAAAUGCCGUGUGGCCAAUUAGAGAUUGAGUAUAAGAGAAGGGGACUGCUCUUACGAAAAACAAGGUUUCUUUUUGUUGUGGGAGAGACUAAUAAGAGUGGUUUUAUUAAUUAAUAAUCGGAUUAUUGGUUGUUUAUAUGAUUAAUUGAUGUUGAUGUAUAAGAAGUUCGGAAUUGAAUAAGAAUGUAAUAAUAACAUAUGUUUAUUA